AUGAUGGGAAAGGCGGAGUGGAGCCUGAGUGUCUCUUUUACGAUCGUAUGUAGGAGGGGCAGGUUUGGUACGUCCGACUCCUCCACCAACCUCGAUAACCCAACAACCGAUUCGAUCUCUCGCCUUGCGUCUCGCAGAAUGCUGGAAUGGUUUAUCAGCUCCGCCAAGGCCCAUUCCAAUGUGACGGACGCCGUGUCUGUUGCGCCUAAGAAGAGAAAAGAAACGAAAGUGAAGGAAAAUCGACUGCGAAACCGGGUUACACGGAGGACCGUGAAAUCCCGACAGAAAGCUGGAGAGGAUGUUCAGUGUUUAG